UUUCCCAGAACUCUCACCUCACACAUGCGUAGUGGCCACAUAACGACCUCCUAUGUUGUCUGUAGCAACCAUCUAACCUGAACGAAGUCGCCGUAAAAGGCUGAAAUAUGUCCACGUUACUGGACGAGACAGCGGGAGACGCCCCGGUCAGAGACGUUCCAGCCGUUGUGUCCGGACCUACAGCUGGUCCCUCAGACUCUUCAGCGUAUCAAAAUGCUUGGGCACCACAGGACAUCUCCCGAGUAUCCAGGGAGGAGCUGGAGGACCGGUUCCUGCGCCUUCAUGACGAGACCCUUGUCCUCAAACAGCAUAUUCACAAACAAGACGACAAGAUCAAAAAGCUUGGCACAAAGCUGCUGCGGCUGGUUAAGGACAGAGGCCGAAUGGAGCAGCUAGCAUUAGGGGAAGCUAAUCCUGUGUCCAGAGUUCGAGAUGUUGAGAUGGAGGAGAUGAUGGAGGAGCUCCAGGAGAAGGUCCGGGGACUCCAAACUGACAAUGAGGGACUAAAGCAGCGCCUCCUCGUGGCUAAACAACAGCUAAUGAACUCUCAGAGCAGGAGGCCGUCAGCAUAUGGCCAUGUUCAGUCAAGGGUCAACUCUGGGCUAAAGAAGCUGAGGGAUGACACCUUGUCACCUCAAACACAACCAAAAUGCAUGAGGAGUUUGGAGGGUGGAGGUAGACCUCCGAUCGGCCAGCUGCCUCGAUAUGGACACAGUCUGCUGGAGGAGGCCAGGGCAGAGGUCCGGAACCUAGAGAAUGUCAUAGAGUCCCAGCAGAACCAGAUGGAGGAGAUGGAGGUUGCCUCAGAGCUGCUGAGGGAGGAGCUGAGGAGGAAAGAGGCAGAAUAUGAGGAGAAACUCCUGCAGGUCCGACAGCAACAGACAUCUAAACUGAGGUCACAUGUCAAAGGCAAUGUCACCACGAUGAGGCUGCAGAAGCAGCUGGCUGACAGGUCCACUGCUGUGACAGAGCUGGAGGCUCGGUUUUUACAAAUACAAGAGAAGCAGCAAGUGCUGAAGGCCAGUCACGACACAGCAAUGCUAAAGGUGGACGAGCUGUCGGCUCAGCUGAAUGACGAGAGGAUAAGGAGUAUGGACCUGGAGAAGCAGCUGCAGAGUGCAAGCAUACCCAGGAUGAACCUGGAGCAGUUGCAGGAACAGAUCAGGGAUCUGGAGCAAGAGAGGGAGCGACUGAGGGAGAACAAUGAAAAAUUGGUGAACAGUGCAUUUGAUGUGUCCCAGCAGCAGAAAUGGCAGAUUCAGGAGCAGCUGCUGAAGCUUCAGAUCACGCAGUUGGAGACAGCACUGAAGGCUGACCUCGCUGACAAAAACAAAAUCCUCGACAGAAUCAGGACUGAGAGAGAUGUGAAUGAGAUGCUUACAGAAAAGAAUAAGAAGCUUCAAAUCCAGUUUCUAGAACAGAAGCAACAAAUAGAGGAACUGAAUGAUCGUUUAGCAUUCUACAGUCGGGAGAAUGACCACAGCACAGCUGAAAUCACUGAGGCAGUGCUGCAGAUAAAGACAGGUAAAUCUCAAAGGAGCGGAGACCUGAGCUUUCUGAAGGAUGUGGAAGAGGGGGAGAGUUCCCUCAGGAAGCUACGUGCGGCUCACGCUGAAACCAUCCAGGAGCUGGAGAAGACUAGAAACGUCCUGAGCAUGGAGAGCAGGAUCAGCGAAGACUACAAGGCGGAGCUGGAGGUUGCGUUAAAGAAGAUGGACAGUGACAAACUCUGUUACGAGCAGAAGCUGGAACAACAAGCAAAGCUGCUGGAUACACGGGCAUCAAAGAUCAGAAAACUGGAAGCUCAGCUCAGGGACAUCGCCUACGGCACCAGAACCUACGUUUCCAAACCAGACAUCACAGCUGAGGAUGAAGCGGAUGACUUUGAUGGAUCACUUCACUUGGAGCGUGGAGAAAACGUCCUGGAGUUUCAUAUAGUAAGCUCGUCUCUGUCGGCGUCUGCCCUGGAGACUCUGGGUGAUCCUGAACCGUCCACCUUUCUCACCUACUCCUUCUAUCUGUUUGAGCUCCAUUCCACUCCUGAAGUGAAGGGCCACCACCCGAAAUACAGCUUCACAUCUAAGUAUGUGGUUAGAAUGGAUGAACCAUUCCUCCACUACCUUCACAAAGACUCACUUACUGUCGAGCUGCACCAGGCUUUGGGAUUAGGAUGGAGGACUCUGGCAACUGGACGCAUAGGACUGCAGCAGCUGCUGGAGCAGGAAGGCAAAGUUCACGGUACCAUACCUCUGAUGGGUCUGUCUGACGACAUGCAGCCCUUUGGGUCUGUAGAUUACUGGCUCAGGCUGAGGAUUCCUAUGCCAGAGACCAUCUGCCUUUAUAAAGACAGGGUGAAGGCUCUGGGCGAUGCCCAUGCUGUGCAGUUGCAGACACACAACAGCAGAAGGAACAAGCUCUUUGUCACUGUUCACUGCUGUCGAGACCUUCAGUCCACAAACUCUCAGCAGCCGAGUCCUUAUGUGGUCUAUAAGUUCUUUGACUACCCUGACAAUGUCAGCGACACUGUUAAUGACUGCUGCAACCCCCACUUUAAUGACCUCCAGGCCUACUGCGUCCUGAUGGAUGCAGAUCUGGACCAGUACCUAAAAUCUGAGGUGGUUCACUUCUAUGUGUUUGACAACAAAGAGGAGCAGAUGGACCUAUAUCUGGGGAAGGCCAGCAUACCACUGCUACCUCUGGCUCAGGACCAAGGGGUCACAGGAGUGUUUGAGCUGGCUGGUCCCUCUGGGCUCCCUGCUGGGCACAUAGACGUCACACUGAAGUGGAAGUCAGCCUACGUACUGUCAGGCUCCACCGUGCCUGCUAAAAUGGCAAAUUUCAUUCAAGAAACAGAGGAUCCGACGCCUGAGCAGCACAGAGAGAAGGACCAGCUACAGAUGGAGGAGGAGAGUGAAGCUGUGGACGUGGGACUUCACCCUUCUCCUCUCUCCUCUAAGACUCCACUGCCAAAACAGAGACAGAAAACUUGCAGGAAGGACGGACCUGCUGCCAGAAAACAAGUCAAGUUUGUAGAUGCCUCAGCUGCCGACAACCAGGUUGUAUCUGAAGAGGCUUCAGUGCCUCGAGGCACCGCAGAGUUAGAGGAUGAUGAUGAGUCUCAUGUUUCUGAAGGCCAGCUGCUCCCAACGAGCUCCCAGUCCUACUCAGAUGAUUCUGAAGUGUCUGAGGAGAUCAUGGCAGAUACCGAAGAUGCACCAGCAGCCAAAGAGGAUGAGAGUGAAUUGACUCAGUCAGACAGCGAUGACUGCAUUGUUCAUGGACAGGCCACGGGGAGGAAACCCUCAGAGCGAUUACGGGUGGAGGUUGUAUCGCUGAGCCUCAGGCCAGAGUCUCGUGUGGCUCAGGACAGCAGCGUGGUCCGCCUCUUUGUGGAGUACUCCCUCCUGGACCUGCCCACAGAGGAAACCCCUGUGUCUCUGCCUAAGCCUCCACUGGGAAAGAGCAUCAACUUUAACUUCAGUAAAGUCAUUCCUGUGGAUGCAGAGAACAACGAGACAAGGCGACAUCUGCUCAAAGGAGUCCUUCAGGGACGGAACCCUUCGAUGGAAAGUGUGAGCUACAUUGACAGCCUCCUGAUGUGCUGCCACCGGUGUUGUAGCUAGCUAGCCAGUGGUGUGGCUGAUGAGUGAAGACAUGCUGAUCAUGAUGAUAAGUGCUGCCUAUACUGUUGAUCCUUUAAACUAAUUGUUGUGGGAGAGCACCAAAGACCGAGAGAAUCGAAACGAUUUGCCAAUCAUAAAGAAUUCCAAAACCAAGCAAAUUCUUUUCACCAAAAGCCUCCUAGAGGACUCUCUCAUCCAGAGCACAGAGCUUCACACACUGGCUCACAUUGGCUCAUAAGACAAGUCAGAGCUUAAUAAUAAAAAUGUUGUGUGUUUUCAAAAUUGGAGUUAAUAUUUGGAUGUUUGUAAUUUAUACUCACAAUAGCGUUAACAUGCUACACAUGAGCAAGACUUUUGUAAUUUUUAUUUAUUUAUUUUAAGUGGGCACUUAAAGCACUUAAUUAAAAGUAUACAAACAGAUAUGUAGAUGCUGUAAUGUGAAACCAUGUCUUGUCUGGACUUGUCUGGAUGCAACACUGACCACAGUGCACACGUCUCAUGUCACAACACACAUGACAACUCAGAGAGUAACUCAGAGUUACUGCUAAACCUAAACAUAGUUAUAACUCAUUUGAGAGCCUCACUCUGAGCCUUUCUCACCCAGACUCUAAAACCCGGAAGCCAGUUGUGUUUUUCAUUGUUUACCGUCCUCCUGCUCCAUAUUCAGAGUUCUUAACUGAAUUCUCUGAAUUCUUAUCUGACUUAGUUCUUAGCACAGAUAAAGUCAUUGUAGUGGGAGACUUUAACAUUCAUGUAAAUGUUGACAGCAACUGUCUCAGCACUACUUUCAACUCAUUAAUAGACACCAUUGGUUUUACUCAGCAGGUAAAUGAACCCACUAAUUGUUUUAAUUGUACCCUCGAUGUGGUCCUGACAUAUGUGCUUGAAAUUAAUAAACCCUCUGUUACCUGACCAUUUCUUAUCAACUUUUGAAUUUACUAUAAUUGACCUUGCAGCAGCUGGAAAGAAUUCUUAAUAUAGCAGAUGAUUCUAUCACCUUUUUCCUAAUUGUCAUGUAGCUACACAGAAAAGAACAGUCACGUUAAUCCUUAUGAACAGGUUGACUGUCUUGUAGAUGAUGCUGCAGCUUCUCUACGUACAAUGUUAGACACAGUGACUCCUCCUCUGAAGAAGGCAGUGAAUUUGGAGGAGGUUAGCUCCGUGGUAUAACUCAGAGAUCCGCAGCCUAAAGCACAGGACCCGACAACUAGAAAGGCAGUGGCGUUCCAACAAAAUAAAUGUAAACUUCAAAGCAUGGAAGGACAGUCUAAUAAUAUUUAAAAAAAUCUUUGUGCAAACAUAUUAUUCCUCCUUAACUGAGGAAAACAAAAACAACCCCAGGUUUCUUUUCAGCACUGUAGCCAGGCUGACAAAGAGUCAUAGCUGUGUUGAGUCUACUAUCCCCUUAAAUCUCAGGAGCAAUGACUUUAUGAACUAUUUUACUAAUAAAAUUAUCACCAUUAGAGAAGACAUUAAUCAGCGACUUCCUCCAAGUGACAGAAAUCACUGUCCAGAUCCAACAACUUUAAUAAAUUUACCAAAUCCUCUGUCUUACCUAGACAGCUUCUUCCCCAUAACUCAUAUAUAGUUAACCUCAAUAAUUAACUCUUCCAAAUCGUCCACUUGUCUUUUAGACCCAAUCCCAACCAGAUUACUCAAAGAAGUUCUACCUUUAAUUAGCUCGUCCACAUUGGUCAAACCGUUAUUGAAAAAACCUACUCUGGACCCUGGAGAACAAUGCACACAAAACCAGAUUCCUUUUAACGUUUUAUUAAUCUAACACUACGGGAUAUAUGAAUAACAUAAUAUGGAAAUACUCAAAUAAACAGAAUAGAAAAUGAGAGAACGAUCAGAAUGAGAUGAUGAACAGUGAAUGAAUCAAUGAGUGAAGACCCAAAGAAUGGUCAAGACCUGAGUGUGUGAUGGCUUUGAUCAAGAGAAAAGAGUAUUUGUCUCUAACUAAUCUAAGGAUAACUAAUCAAUUUUGAAUGUUCAAUUUUAGCGCUUUGAGAAACACCAGACUUCUCAGAGGAUUAGAGAUGUUCGUCUUGCCUUAGUUUGGAGCUGUAGCCGCUGUGCAGCGUCUCCCGUUACCGGCUGGGUUGAGCAAAGGUGCCCUCUGGUCCAGGUGCCACGGCCUCUGGGCCAGGAAUCGUCGCCCGCGAUUGAUGAGGACGGCUCGGGUUCAGCAGAGUAACAGUCAGCCAGGCUGGACUUUCAGGGUGUUGCAAAGCGUCAGCGCUACUAAACUAGCCCAAAAAGCAAACGGGCUGGAAUCUAAUUUAAUUGGUUCGAUCAAAAAUAGCGAGUCAAUUAAGGACUGGUUGUAAUAGUUUCAGUUUCGCGGACUUUCUUGAUGACUUUCUAACGUUACAAAAAUCGUUGUUCGUUCGUGUCUCUAAGUUUAACUUAUGUUUACAAAAUUUAAGGACAAAGGAAAAUUAAAGAAAAGUAAUGCGACGCAAAAAGGAAAAAGUGAAAGAAGUUUGAAGAUAGAGGGAAAUCCGUUUUGCCUUGGGUGUCACUGGUUUAAAUACCUCUGGGGCAGUGGUCACUGCAGGGCGGAGAAAUGACUUCAACCAGUGGUGAAGAGUUCCACCUCUUCAGAUCAGGAAUCAAACUAUUGGAUUUGGAUCGCUCCUAAAUCUGGCAUAACUAAGCUCUUCUCUUUUCAUCAAGCUCAAAGUUCCAUCACACCAUAACACAAUAAACAUGUAAUGAUCACUUUGACACUCAAAUAAGCAGAGAAGUCAGAAUGGUUAAACAGCAAUAUUAAAUGCAUAGAAGGUCUUAUACAUGGUCCCUUACAAUGCUGUGACAAAUUAAAUGUUAUUCAUGAUGCCUGGUCUUGUCUUAUGCAACACCCAGUAAACACUAAAACAUACACGAAUAAUAAAUGCAAGCAAAAUCAAAUUAUAAAUGACCUAAUCUGGACAUUACUAAUUAAACAAUUGUAACACUUAAAAAUGUGAUACAAUAAUGAGGAUACCUAAUUGUAGCUGGUGGAAAUAGUCCAUGUGUAUGUUGCACAGAUUAAAAGAAGUAAAGAAGGUGAGUCUCUCUAUUUCAACUUUGUGCCUACACACAAAGGAGAGCAUGGUGAUGAGUUGAAGUCCCUUUGUACUUUAAGAAUUUCCUGGCAAAUCUGUAGAUCAGGCAUUGAACAUCACACAGAAACCAAUCUAAUAUCAAAUGAAAACAUUUUGUCCACAGAAUACAAUGACAUCAGUUUCAUGGAAGUUGAAAGUUCUGGUGCAUCUGAACCAGAACCUGUGUCCAAAUGAAGUCUCUCGUUCUCUUUGAUGAGCACAUUCCACAUUUUAUGGCUGGUGGUCCCAGUUCUGGGAGAGACAGCUUCUUGGUGAUAAAUGUGACAGCCUCUCCUUUUGGCAUGAUAAGCAGAGGUAGAAUCCUGAGGGAUUUACAGGUAGAUCAACAAAGUGGACUCAUGGUUCUUUGAUAUGGACCUUUGAGAUGUUGGCGUCAAUUGGUGCCUGUGGUGAUAGAAGCCAGUCUCCUCAGUCCAGACGUGGAGAAAGAUUCAGGGUCCCUUAUCUCUGGGGACUGAAAGGGACGUAGGGGCUCUUCAAAGGAGGGAGUUAAGUUCACAUGUAGGUCAGGUUACCUCAGUCCAGAUGUGGAUUGCUACAUCCGCUACAUGCACAAGGAUUAGCUAUGGAGUACCGCAGGGUUCGGUGCUUGGUCCAAUUCUGUUCAGCCUAUACAGUACAUGUCUCCUCUAGAUAAUAUUAUUAUUAGGAAGCAUUCUGUAAAUUUUUAUUGUUAUGCAGAUCAUACUUAGCUAUAUUUGUCCCUGGUCCAAUCAUCCUGUGUCCAGUCUCUGGUCCAACCAUCCUGCCUGUGUUUAGUCCAGUCUCUGGUCCAGUCAUCCUGUGUCCAGUCUCUGGUCCAACCAUCCUUCCUGUGUUUAGUCCAGUCUCUGGUCCAAUCAUCCUGCUUGUGUCCAGUCCGGUCUCUGGUCCAACCAUCCUGCCUGUGCUCUGUUGUUGCUUGUUGUUGCUUGUUGUUGUUGCUGUGCUUUUCUGUUACUCUCUCCUCUCACCCCAACCGGUCGAGGCAGAUGGCCGCCCAUAUCCAGCCUGGUUCUGCUGG